CUCUCGCGGAUUCCGGUUCCGGUUCCAUCUUCGCGUCUGCCGGCUCGGGAGAUUCUCAGUACCUGGAGGCGGCGGCGGCGGCGGCAGCAAGAUGAGCUACGAGCACCGUCGGGAUUGGGGCCGCGGGGGCGGGCCCCGUGCUUCGCAGUCGUCGUCAUCGUCCUCUGGCCGCGGCGGAGCGGGAGGCGGCGGAAGAGGUGGCGGCGGCGGCGGCGGUCGGGGCCGACCCCCUCCGCACCUGAAGGGCCGCGAGAUUGGCCUGUGGUACGCGCGGCGGCAGGGCGAGAAGAGCAAAGAGGCCGAGAGGCAGCAGAGAGCUGUGGUGCGUAUGGAUGAGCGCAGAGAAGAACAGAUUGUACAGUUGCUGAACACUGUCCAGAGCAAAAAUGAAAAAGAACAAGAAGCCAUGUCUUGGUGGUCUGAUGAAGAAGGGUACACAAAGGAGACCCCUCCAAAACCAAAGCCUGUUGUGGAAAAACCUGUUGUUGAGAGGGCACCCAAAAGAACUAGACCAAUAUUGGAAAAAACAUUCCUUGAUCAAGAUUCAGCAUAUCUCUUAGAAGAAAAUAAACCCGAUGUUGAUUUAGAUGAGCAACUUAAAGAAGAAUUGAAAAAGAAAAAAACUGAUUCCAGAUAUAUUGAAAUGCAGAGAUUUCGUGAGAAGCUACCUUCUUAUGGAAUGAGAAAGGAGCUUGUCAACAUCAUAAAUAGCAGUCGGGUAACUGUUAUAAGUGGGGAGACUGGCUGCGGAAAGACAACUCAAGUUACUCAGUUCAUCUUGGAUGACUAUAUUGAGCGAGGGAAGGGGUCUUCCUGCAGGAUUGUAUGUACUCAGCCUAGAAGGAUCAGUGCUAUCUCUGUAGCAGAGAGGGUUGCGGCAGAAAGGGCUGAAGUAUGUGGUAAUGGAAAGAGUACAGGAUAUCAAAUUCGGCUUGAAAGCCGGUUGCCAAGGAAACAAGGCUCAAUUUUGUACUGCACAACAGGAAUUGUCCUACAGUGGCUCCAGUCAGAUAAGGAGUUGGCCAGUGUUAGUCAUGUAAUCCUUGAUGAAAUCCAUGAGAGAAAUCUCCAAUCAGAUGUUUUAAUGACCAUAAUCAAAGAUCUGCUAAGUGUACGACUCGACUUGAAAGUCAUAUUGAUGAGUGCUACGCUGAAUGCCGAGAAGUUCUCAGACUAUUUUGACAGUUGUCCUAUGAUCCAUAUUCCUGGAUUCACCUUUCCUGUCAAGGAGUACCUUUUGGAAGAUGUAAUUGAGAAGCUACGAUACAUUCCAGAAAAUACGGAUCGCAGACCACAUUGGAAAAAGAGGUUUAUGCAGGGGCACAUAAGCAGGCCAGAAAAGGAAGAAAAAGAAGAACUUUAUCAUGAGCAGUGGCCAGAUUAUUUGAAGCAGCUGAGAGGGCGGUAUUCAGAAAGUACAAUUGAUGCAUUGGGAAUGAUGGAUGAUGAGAAAGUUGACCUUGAUUUGAUUGCAGCACUGAUCAGAUACAUUUGUCUUGAAGAAGAGGAUGGUGCAAUACUUGUAUUUCUUCCUGGAUGGGACAACAUUAGCACUCUAAAUGACCUUCUGAUGUCUCAAGUUAUGUUUAAGUCAGAUAGGUUCGUUAUUAUACCUCUGCAUUCCUUGAUGCCUACUGUUAACCAGACCCAGGUUUUUAAAAGGACCCCCCCUGGAGUCCGUAAAAUUGUAAUUGCUACCAACAUUGCUGAGACUAGCAUCACCAUAGACGAUGUGGUAUACGUUAUAGAUGGAGGAAAGAUAAAGGAAACUAACUUUGAUACACAGAACAACAUUAGCACGAUGGCUGCAGAGUGGGUUAGCAAAGCAAACGCUAAGCAGAGGAAAGGUAGAGCAGGAAGAGUCCAGCCUGGUAACUGCUACCACUUGUACAAUGGUCUGCGUGCCAGUUUGUUAGACGAUUAUCAGUUGCCAGAAAUCCUGAGGACACCUUUGGAAGAACUUUGUUUGCAAAUCAAGAUCUUAAAGCUUGGAGGAAUUGCCCAUUUUCUGAGCAAACUGAUGGAUCCACCAUCACGUGAUGCUGUGUUGUUAUCCAUAAAAAAUCUCAUGCAGCUGAAUGCCUUGGAUAGGCAAGAAGAAUUGACUCCCCUUGGAGUCCAUUUGGCGCGAUUACCAGUGGAGCCGCACAUAGGAAAAAUGAUUCUCUUUGGAGCUUUAUUCUGUUGCUUAGAUCCUGUUCUCACUAUUGCUGCCAGCCUCAGCUUCAAGGACCCUUUUGUCAUUCCCUUGGGUAAAGAAAAAGUAGCAGACGCAAGAAGAAAGGAACUGUCAAAGAGUUCCAAAAGUGAUCACCUCACCAUUGUGAAUGCUUUCAAGGGUUGGGAAGAAGCCCAGCGACGUGGCUUCAGGUGUGAGAAGGAUUAUUGCUGGGAGUAUUUUCUUUCUUCAAAUACUCUGCAGAUGCUGCGUAACAUGAAAGGGCAGUUUGCUGAACAUCUCCUUGCAGCUGGGUUUGUGAAUAGUAGAAGCCCCAGAGACCCCAAAUCCAACACUAACUCAGACAAUGAGAAGCUACUCAAAGCUGUUAUUUGUGCUGGCUUAUAUCCAAAGGUUGCAAAGAUCCGAGCAAACUUCAGCAAAAAGAGAAAAAUGGUUAAAGUUUCCACUAAAACAGAUGGAACGGUUAACAUUCAUCCCAAGUCUGUCAAUGUUGAAGAGACAGAAUUCCAUUACAACUGGCUUGUUUACCAUUUGAAGAUGAGGACAAGCAGCAUAUACCUGUACGAUUGCACAGAAGUCUCUCCAUACUGCCUUUUGUUCUUUGGGGGAGAUAUUUCUAUUCAGAAGGACAAAGAUCAGGAUACAAUCGCUGUGGAUGAGUGGAUUGUUUUUCAGUCUCCAGCAAGAAUAGCACAGCUAGUGAAGGAUUUGAAAAAAGAAUUGGAUGACCUUCUACAAGAGAAAAUAGAAAACCCACACCCUGUGGACUGGAACAAUACUAAAUCAACAGACACUGCACUGCUGACAGCCAUUAUAGACUUAAUCACAACACAGGAGAAUCAAACUGCCAGAAACUCUGCCCCCCGUUUCCAGAGCGAAGAAUACAGUUAACACUGUUCCUUUUGGCCGCUGAAGAGAUGGCAGCUCUACCAGUUCAUUGUUGACAGUUUAUCUUUGGGCAUCUUGGAAUUUCAUCUUUAGUAUCGGUAGUUCAUAGCAGCUGUGUAUGGCAGCCAACUGUAUAAAGUAGCUGUUUAUCUAGUUGCCAGUACUGCAUAGUUGUAUUCUGCAUGUAUGACGCUGUUUCUUGAGGACUGUAAUUGUCGGGUAAAAAGCUGGAUGAAACUGAACACAAACUGAUCCCCCCCCAAAUUCUUCUGGUGUUUACACUGUUUUUCUGCUAACUGUGGAAUUGCCACUUUAAGAAAAGUGAUUCGCGUUAGUAGCUAGAAGCACCCUAUUUGUCCAUUAGCCUUUUAUUUACAUUCUGGAGUUACUAGUAAGGGCAUGCUGCUGAGAGUGAAACAACCAAAGUCAUCACCCCAAAGAGAUGUACGAGGGCCGCUCUGUCAAAAACAUUGUCACAUUUUAAAUAAAUGCUUGAUGUUUAGAUCUUUCUAAACAUACGUACUCCUAUUCAUCUAUGGGCCAUAGGGUGGGAAAUCAUAUUUGAUGAUCCAGAAGCUACAGCUGCACAUGCCUAGAGACCUAGGUUGAUACUCUAAAUACCAGCAAUUGGCUUUGGAAUGGGAGCAGGAUUUAGUCUCUAACCUAGACAAAUAAUGUAGCUUUGAGACUGGGGCUUGCAAUAGGCUCUUUCAUUCCAGUGGAGCUUAAGUGUACAUGAACUGUACACUGAGUAGCUGUUUCAGUGAUGCAAAGAUUUUUUUGAGUUUCUUUUGGAAUAUUUUAUCAACCCAUGUGUCUUUAUUAAAUGCCUAUAUGCUAGUCUUUUUCAUAUGCAAUUACUGUGCGCGCUGCAUUGCUGUUUAAAAUUGCAGGUAUCUCCAGCAAGACCUGGAACUGGCAGCUUCUAGUUGAAGAUUUCAAAUUAAUAUUGAAUAGAAAACAUAAGCAAAUACAGAGCAUUUCAUAAAACUCACACAGACAAUAUGUGUCUCGCUCAUGGGACCUCUCCUAAACCAGUUACAAAAAUGGUUGUCACAACACUUCACUGCCACCCCAAAAUGUUCCUAUAGGUUGCAAUGGAAGUUUUAAAUUUAGUUGUAGAAAUAUAACCAAUGAUUGCAGAGGUGAUGUUUACCAAGUUUUGUUGCUGAACAUGUAUAUCUCUGAUUUCCCAUAUAAAAUCUAUUUUGAUUUGAAUAGACUAAUUACGUCAAAUCAAUUUUCCUUAAAAGCAAUGGCAAAAUCUUGGGAAACCCAUUUUACUAAACAUCCUAAUUUAGAAAUACAUUUAGUGAGCGAUUAAGAACUCCCAUUGCAGGCCAUUCACCCAUACUAUUUUCUGUAUAGUAUAUAUGUGUUUCUCCUCUGGAACUGCUGGCUUGUCCCCACCCCCAAUUACUGAUUUUUCUACCAUUUAAAAAUUCUGAUAAAAUUGAUGUAUCUUGAUUAAUGAACAUAGGUAUUAAGUAGAGCUAAUGCAAUUAAAUCUUUUUUGUUAAGAUCUUGCUAAUGAAAGAGAAAUGAGCCAAUAAUCAGAAAGUACAGUGUGAGGCUUUUCUUCAGACCAAUUAUGCAAAAGCUUGUGCAGGCUUCUAAUUAGCCAAAUGGACUAUUUGUCUCCAAGGGGCAUGUAUGGAAACCUCUGUAAAUCGCUGGUAUUUUCCCCCACAGGCUGCCGAAGUGCCACUAAUUAACUUAGGUACAUGAGCUAGCCAGUUUCUGUGGGCAAGUAACGCUUGCACUCAGUUGCUUGAACUUCUUUAAUAAAUACUAUCUGUCCGUAAGUGGUCAUGCAACAGCUCAAGGCUACAUGAUGUUUCUAUAUGGAGAUGAAACUGUGCGUGCUCUCUGGCGGGAGGAGAGUUGCACGAAUGGGCUUUUUCUUUGCAUUAGGUAAGAGCGCUGCUGGAACAGAUCAAAGGCCUAGCUAAACCCAAUAACCUGUUCUCCCAGUGGCCAACCAGAUGACUAUUGUAAGGCUUGAAGUAGAAGCCAAUGCAUGUAUCAGCUUUCCUGGUAGGUAAGUUUCAACCCAAAUCUUUUGCGACCCUUAAUGCACUGACGGUUGCUUGAUUUGAUUUUGGAUACAGAGCACUGCAACUGAAAAUGAAAACAUACUUAAGAUGCAAUGUCUAAAAUGCUGUUACAGUUCUAUUGUGUCAUCUACUCCGUGUAAUUAUAUUACUAUAUUAAUGGCAUCACCAGUAGCUUAUCUGCACAUCACUUCCCUCUAUCACCCAAGGUAGUGGUUAAAUUGAGAAAGCAACAGAAGGCUUUUGUUUGUUUGCCCAUACUCUGUAUUAUACCAGGUGCCAAAUACAGAUAUCACAGGAUGCCUUACAAAAUAUUUCCCAUUUCACAAAGGCUAGUGCAGUAAGGAUGACUGGCAAUAUUCAUUCUACUAUGUUUUUGUAGGUGUUCUCGUGGUCCAAUUGGGUUACCGGAGAGUAGAAUGCAUAGCUUCUUUUAAAGAGUAUUCCUGCUUUUAAAUACACAUGAUUCUAAGUUAGAAGAUGAGGACUGUACCUAUGUUAGUGUAGUAUUUCCCAUUAUGUCUUACUUUUAAGCUCGCUGUCCAUUGUAUUUUGUUAAAAGAAAAACCAUCAGAAGCCCCAGACAGGUCAUAAAAUAUUUACAUAGGGCUGGAUCAAUGAUAUGGGGGGGGGGACCCCCAAUCGUUUCAGAAUGAUCAAACUAAGCUGUUAGUAACUUGGCAAGUGUUGAAUGUGAAAUAUCAAAGAACACUCCAGGCCUCAAUGUGUGAAUGUUGAGAGGGAAGGGUUAUUCUUUCCACCCAAAAACCCAAAACACCAUUUUGACAGUGAUGCAUGAAAACAAUUUAGCUGCCUCUAUUUGUACUUCGAUGCCUUAGUGAGAUUGUUUUAGAGGGCAAUGGAAGGGUUUCAUAUGCAGUGUAGGAAAUAAUUAUAGUGGUUAUUGCAGUACUGUGCAAAAUGAAAUAUUAAAACUGCCUUUUAAAAACAAACCCACACGCUGCUUUCAAAUGGUGUUAAGAGUAUGUUGUAACAGCACACUUAUCUGAGUCAAAAGCAGUUGAGUGUUUACUCAAAAAUCAGGAGAAAUGUAAAAUUCAGAAUGGCUUUUCUAACAUUUCAUGGCUAGGCUGGUAUGUCAUACAGUAUAUUGUCUAAAA